AUCCAAGAUGGGUAUCACAACGCGGAGAAAUCAAAAAGCUGCCGCGAGCAAUGCGCCGACCGGAGGUGGAGGUCGAUCUGGCGGUGCCAGCAAACCAAACAUCAAGAAGGCCACGUUCGACACCACAAAGAAGAAGGAGGUCGGAGUUUCCGAUCUCACUUUGCUCAGCAAGGUCUCCAAUGAGGCGAUAAACGAGAACCUGCAGAAGCGAUUUGAAAAUAGAGAGAUAUAUACAUACAUUGGACAUGUGCUUGUUUCCGUCAACCCCUUUCGGGACUUGGGGAUUUAUACCGAUGAGGUCUUGGACAGCUACAAAGGCAAAAAUCGUUUAGAGAUGCCACCACACGUUUUUGCGAUUGCCGAAUCCGCGUACUACAAUAUGAACGCCUACAAGGACAACCAAUGUGUUAUUAUCUCGGGAGAAUCAGGAGCUGGAAAAACGGAAGCUGCAAAGCGAAUCAUGCAAUAUAUUGCAAACGUCUCAGGGGGCAGCAAUUCCUCGAUCCAGCAUACCAAAGACAUGGUUCUCGCCACCAACCCCUUAUUGGAAUCGUUCGGGAAUGCCAAAACUCUACGGAACAACAACUCAUCGCGCUUCGGCAAAUAUUUACAGUUGCAGUUCAAUGCUCAGGGAGAGCCAGUCGGUGCGACCAUCACGAAUUACCUGUUAGAAAAAUCCAGAGUUGUCGGUCAGAUCAAGGAUGAGCGCAAUUUCCACAUCUUCUACCAGUUCACAAAGGGUGCUUCUCAAGAAUAUCGAACCAAUUAUGGGGUCCAGAAACCAGAAACGUACCUCUAUACAAGCAGAUCAAAGUGCUUCGAUGUGGAUGGUAUCGACGACAUUGCCGAUUAUAAGGAAACGCUCAAUGCAAUGAAGGUUAUCGGCUUAUCACAAGCAGAACAGGACGAGAUCUUCCGAAUGUUAGCUGCAAUCUUAUGGACCGGCAACAUCCAAUUUGUCGAGGAUAAGGAUGGAUAUGCAGCGAUAGCGGAUCAGUCUGUGGUUGAUUUCUUGGCAUAUCUCCUUGAAGUCAGUCCAGAGCAUGUCAUUCAGGCCAUCACGAUUCGUAUUCUCACUCCUCGAAGUGGGGAGGUAAUUGAAUCACCGGCAAAUCCUGCACAAGCCAUGGCCACACGAGACGCACUAGCUAAGGCAAUCUACAAUAAUCUCUUUGACUGGAUUGUAGAACGUGUCAACGUCUCACUGAAGGCUCGCGGUGCCACGUCAAACUCGAUUGGUAUCCUUGAUAUUUAUGGCUUUGAGAUUUUCGAGAGAAACAGCUUCGAGCAGCUGUGUAUCAACUAUGUCAAUGAGAAGUUGCAACAGAUCUUCAUCCAGUUGACAUUAAAAACAGAGCAAGAGGAAUAUGCCCGAGAACAGAUCCAGUGGACGCCGAUCAAGUAUUUCGAUAACAAGAUCGUUUGCGAUCUAAUUGAGUCUACAAGACCUCCCGGUGUAUUCUCCGCAUUGAAGGACGCUACCAAGACUGCGCAUGCGGACCCCGCUGCCUGCGAUCGGACUUUCAUGCAAGCUAUUAACGGGAUGUCAAACCCUCAUUUGACCCCUCGACAGGGAAGUUUCAUCAUUAAGCACUAUGCUGGUGAUGUCAGCUACACUGUUGAUGGUAUCACGGAUAAGAACAAGGAUCAGCUUCUCAAAGGCCUUCUCAACCUUUUCGGGCAAAGCUCAAAUACCUUUGUUCACACAUUGUUCCCUCACGAAGUCGAUCAAGAUAAUCGGAAAGCACCACCUUCUGCGGGAGACAAAAUCAAAGCCUCUGCAAACGAUCUUGUUGCAACUCUGAUGAAGGCGCAACCAUCAUACAUUCGAACUAUCAAGCCCAAUGAGAAUAAAUCCCCGACAGAAUACAACGUUCCGAAUGUCCUACAUCAGAUCAAAUACCUUGGUCUCCAGGAGAACGUUCGUAUUCGACGUGCUGGUUUUGCAUAUCGUCAAACGUUUGAUAAGUUUGUGGAGCGGUUCUAUCUCUUGUCGCCACAGACAUCUUACGCAGGAGACUACACCUGGACUGGUGACGCGAAAUCGGGUGCGAAACAGAUCAUGAAGGACACCAGCAUCCCUGCAGACGAAUUUCAAAUGGGGGUCACCAAGGCCUUCAUCAAAGCUCCCGAAACUCUCUUUGCCUUGGAGCACAUGCGAGACCGAUACUGGCACAAUAUGGCAAUCCGAAUCCAGCGAGUUUGGAGAGCUUAUUUGCGCAUCCGAGUCGAGGCAGCUACCCGCAUACAGCGAUUAUGGAGAAAGAAGAAGGUUGGUGCCCAGUUCCUCGCCCUCCGAGAACGCGGCCACAAAGUUCUUCAGGGCAAAAAGGAGAGACGCCGAUUCAGUUUGCUUGGCUCGAGGCGCUUCAUGGGCGAUUAUCUUGGCAUCAGCGCUACUAGCGGUCCUGGAUCACGGAUCCGGUCCGCUAUCAACCUCGCUGCUAAUGAAGUUGUGAUCUUUUCAUGCCGUGGUGAGAUCUUGGAGUCUAAAUUUGCCAAGACGAGUAAGCCCAGCCCUCGCAUCUUCGUCGUAACUAAGAGCAAGUUCUACAUCGUCACCCAGCUCCUCGUCAACAAGCAAAUACAGAUCGCGGUUCAGCGCGCUAUCCCGCUCAGCACUAUCAAAUUUGUUGGCACUUCAAACUGCCGCGAUGACUGGUUUUCUCUAGGAGUCGGUUCUCCGCAGGAACCGGAUCCACUUCUGAAUUGUUUACUCAAGACGGAGCUCUUCACACAUAUGCAGAUCGCUAUGCCUGGAUCAUUCCGCCUGAAUAUCGGAAGCUCGAUUGAAUAUGCGAAGAAACCUGGAAAGAUGCAGGUGAUCAAAGUUGUAAAAGACUCGACCACGGCACAAGAUUUCUACAAGAGCCAGACAAUCCACACAAGUGCAGGCGAACCACCGAAUUCAGUAUCACGGCCUAUGCCAAAGAGCAAGCCUGUUCCUGCAAAGCCUUUUACGAAAGGUCGACUUAUCAAGCCUGGUGGUCCUGGAGGCCGCCCUUCAAGAAUCACUGCAAACCGGAACACAAAACCCGUCUCCAAGCCAGACCCGCCCGCAGCUCCUCAUCAGCGAAAUGCGUCAAAUGCAUCUCAGCAGAUGGCAUCACCUAUACCGAACCAUACGAGAAAUGUAUCCUCUAUAUCAUCUGCUCGGGCCGUACCUCCACCACCUCCACCCGCACCUCCUGCACAACCAAGGGAACCUCAAUACAGGGUCCUCUACGACUUUGUAGGUCAAAGUUCGAAUGAGAUCUCACUGAGGAAAGACGAUCUCAUUACCAUCAUCCAGAAGGAAAAUAAUGGAUGGUGGCUAGCCAAAACUUCCGCCGGCCAAGGCUGGGCUCCUUCGGCAUACCUGAAGGAGGAAGCACCACCUGCCGCACCCAUCGUUAAACCAACACCCCCUCCCCCACCGCCAGUCGCUCCGAAAGUCAAUGGAGUCAACGGUGCUGCUGCAGCUCGCUCCAAACCUACGCCUCCUGCACCACCGGCGAAGAGGCCUGCUGCAGGUCGCAAGCCCGCGCCUCCACCAGCACCACGUGAUUCCGGUAUGAGCAUGAACAGCAGCAACGGCACUGACAGCGGUCGCAACACGCCGAACCCAAGUUUAGCAGGCGGCUUAGCGGAAGCGUUGCGAGCAAGACAGAACGCUAUGCAGAAGGGACAGGACGAUGAUGACGAUGAUUGGUAGAAGGCUCCAGAGAGAUCAGGGUGAAAUGGUUGAAUUGGAUUGUUCGAGGCAUUUUGCGGUCACGUUUUACGACGAUGCUACGAUUCAAUAGAUGAGACGGCGUGCGGCUCUUUUUAUUACGAGCAGCUGGUCUGAUGACUGAUGGUGCAGGUUGCGGGCGUCUCUUGUCUGAUAGCCGCGGUGACUUUGAGAGAGUAAAUAAGGU